AGAUGUAGAUAGUAGAAGAUAAUGAAAAUAGUGAGUUUGGGUGGAUGGCAGAAGAAGCGGUUCCAAAAGUGCUUGUUCUGGGUCCCCUAAUGUGCUUCGCAACCCUUGAACCACUCUACUCUCACAAGUUUCAUUUCCUAAGCCCAAACCCCAACCACUCUCUUCAACACUUCCUGCGUCUCCACCACCCUUCCUCAAUCCGCGCCCUUCUCUGCAGCGCCAAUUACUCCGUCUCCGCCCAAGUUCUCCGCCUCCUCCCCUCGCUCCGCCUUCUCCUCACCACCAGCGCCGGAACCGAACACAUUGACCUCCGCGAGUGUCGCCGCCGGGGAAUCCAGGUCGCCGCCGCCGGAGGGAUCUUCUCCCAGGAUGUGGCCGACGCCGCUGUCGCUCUCCUCCUCGACGUCACCAGGAAUAUCUCCGCGGCGGAUCGAUAUUUGAGGACGCCGAAUCACGCGAAUCCGCCAUCGGAGGUUUUCACUUUCGCCUCCAAGUUAUCAGGUAAGCGAAUUGGGAUUGUUGGAUUGGGAAGCAUUGGCAUGGAAGUGGCUAAGAGGCUCGAGUCUUUUGGUUGCAUUAUCUCAUACAACUCUAAGCAUAAAAAAGCUAAUGUUUCGUAUCCUUUCUAUUCUAGUGUUGUUGAUCUUGCAACUACGUGCGAUGCUCUUGUGGUUUGUUGUGCAUUAAAUGAGCAAACAAAGCACAUAAUUAACAGGGAAGUCAUUUCGGCAUUAGGAAAAGGAGGGUUUAUUGUGAAUGUUGGAAGAGGGGGUCUUAUUGAUGAAAAGGAAUUGGUUAAGUGUUUGAUGGAAGGGAAAAUUGGAGGUGCUGGUUUGGAUGUGUUUGAGAAUGAACCUCAUGUUCCCAAAGAGCUCUUUCAAAUGAAUAAUGUGGUUUUGUCUCCACACUGUGCUGCUUUAACUGACAAAUCUAAUAUGGAUAUGUGUGAACUUGUGGGAGGGAAUUUAGAAGCCUUCUUCUCAAAUAGGCCCUUAAUUAAUCAAGUAAUGUUGGACAUGGUUGAAUAAAUUACCCUUUUGACAACUUAGUAUCUUGUGCCACAGUUUUAUCUCAUUCCUAAGUUGUAAAUGACUGUUCUAGUCCAUAAAGUAAAAACCAUCUCAGCAAAGUGCCUUCAAACUGUGUUUUGAUCAAGGGAAGGAAGUGAGGCAAACUCUAUUUGAAUCAGUUUAAGUUCAUUUUAAUAUAUGGAAAUUCUAUUUUUCCUUUA